AUGACAAUGAAAAACCACACUAAUUUGACAGAGUUUAUUCUUCUUGGGUUUUUACAGUUGGGGGACAUCCAUCAUUUACUCUUUGGUGGAUUCUUCAUCAUCUAUCUAUUCACUGUGCUAUGGAAUACCUUAAUCAUCAUCAUGACAUUAACAGAUCAGAGGCUCAAAACACCCAUGUAUUUCUUCCUUGGUAACCUCUCUUUUCUUGACAUCUGCUACACUACCACCACGAUCCCCCAGAUGUUGGCUCAUCUACUCACAGACAGAAGCAGCAUCUCAUACAUGGGCUGUGUGUUUCAGUUAUAUUUUUUCUUCUCUUUUGUAUGCAUUGAAUGCCUUCUCUUAGGAGUGAUGGCGUUUGACCGCUAUGUUGCCAUAUGCAACCCUCUGCGCUACACAUUAAUCAUCAGUAAAAGUAUUUGCCUCCAGCUAGCUACAGCAAGCUGGGCUCUUGGUUUCCUUACUUCCAGAGUGCACACAGUCUAUGCAUUCCGGCUACCAUUUUGUGGGAACAACCACAUUGAUGCUUUUUAUGGUGAUAUUCCACCUCUGCUGAAGUUGUCAUGUGGUGACAUCUCCCUGAACCAAAUGUUCUUGGUGUAUAUUGGCCUGCUCAUAGCUUGGACACCAUUUAUCUGCAUUGUUGUAUCAUAUGCUUACAUCUUUUCAACAGUGCUGAAGAUACGUUCCUCAAAAGGGAGACAAAAGGCUUUCUCCACCUGCUCCUCUCAUCUCACUGUGGUCCUUCUGUAUUAUGGCAGCGCCAUCUUCACCUACUUGAGACCUAUUUCCUCUCAUUCAUCACUAAAUGGAAGGCUGAUCCCAUUGCUAUACAGUGUCAUUACCCCACUGUUAAAUCCUAUUGUAUAUUCCAUGCGCAACAAGGAUGUGAAGAAAGCCUGGGAACACAUGAUCGGAAAAUUGUAA